CAGUCAUCGCACUAUCUGCCACACUCUGUCAGAGCUCAUUUCAUUUCACUCUCGAUUCGAUCCAUCUAUCGUCAAAGCAAUGCUCCUCUCACUCGUCCAAUCCCUCUGCUCUUCAUCAUCGUCAUCGACUUUCCAACCCAAAACCCACGCUUCCAUCUUCCAAACACUCGCGAAUCCCACUUCUUCUUCGUCUCCCCUGCUUCAGAAAUCGCUGUUUCCCGGUUUCGAUCCCGACCAUGCCCUGAAGAAAUUGCUCCAUGUCAGCAGCCGAUCAUCGUCCACAAGAGCUCGGAGCUUCACAGCAGCCAAUGCUUUUAUCCAAGCUUCUCUGCUCGAGUCCCCUGUUCUGUGGGCUGGCAGGGUUUGCGUAUUCUAUGCGCUCUUGAAGAUCGGUUUAGCUGGAUCCAAGGCUAACCCACUUGUCUCAGAGUUAGAUGGUGUGGAGGAGAGCGGCGGCGGCGGGAGCGGAGCUGGUAUUUCUGAAGCUGGUGAUUUGGGGUUCUCAAAGUGGAUUGAGUCAAUUCAAGGCAACCCAGAUAAAGAAGCAUCUGACAAAAGGAAGCUAGUGAGCAAAUGGCAUCCAACCACCAAAGGCACACUCAGGAGGAACUACAGGGUGCCUUCAAAAUCUGAAGGAAGGCGUCUCCUAAAAUCUGUUGCAGCUUUAUUAUCCGAGGAUGAUCACUUCACAGACGCCACUUCCCACAAGGGAUGCCAGAUUAGGAGGGAGAGUGCACAUGGUGAGAGUGUGUGCUGUAACAACGUAAGGGCUCUCUUCGACGAACUGCCAACCCCUCACCUGAUUGUAGAGAUCACUCCUUUCCCCGCUGGGUCUUUGACUGAGAAGGACUAUCUGAAGGCUGAGAAGCUCGAAAGGGUGCUUAGAUCGGGGCCUUCUGUCUGAAAACGCCUCAAAGUUUUCUGAAUGUAGCCAAACUUUCUCCCUGUGUACAUGAAAACAACAUUUACUUUGCCAUGCCGAUCGUUUCUACUGAUGACUUGACUGUACGCUACAGGGGCUGAGGUGGAUCUUGUUAAUUGAGCUUAAGCAGUCCAGGGAACUUAAUAGAUUGAUGUGAAUACUUGUGCUAGUUUCCAAUUUCUUGUUGAAUGCUAAAUAACUCUAGCUACUUACAAAUAGGCAGAGUUCUGCGCACAAAUGAUUGAUAUUCGAC